CAGGAUGUACAACCUCUUGGUGACCUUUUUAAUACACUGACAACAUCCUGUAGCCGGUUAGCAUGUUAGCCUGCAAGCUGUUUUAAACUGCUGCUGUAUAAACAGGUAAAGUUAACUACAAUAUAAAAAAAUAGGCUUUGACACCACGCAGUCGUUUUAACAGAUUCGUUGAAGGACCACCAUGGCACACAUAACAAUUAACCAGUACCUUCAACAGGUACUCGAAGCCAUCGAAACCAGGGAUGGCUCAUUCUGCGCAGAGCUAAUGUCGUUCAGACAUCCACAUGUUGCCAACCCUCGUCUACAGCUUUCCAGCCCGGAGGAGAAGUGUCAGCAGGUGUUGGAACCACCCUAUGAUGAAAUGGUUGCAGCACACCUGAGAUGCACAUAUGCUGUGUCUAACCAUGACUUUGUGGAGGCCUACAGAUGCCAGACAGUGGUGGUUCAAUCAUUCCUAAAGGCAUUCCAAGCACACAAAGAAGAGAACUGGGCUUUGCCAGUGAUGUUUGCUGUUGCACUUGACCUACGAAUAUUUGCCAACAAUGCGGAGCAGCAGCUGCAGAAGGGGAAGGGGAAGCAGGGAGACAUGCUGGAGAAAGCCGCUGAGCAGCUCAUGAGCUGCUUCCGCGUAUGUGCCAGUGACAAUCGAGCCGGCAUCGAUGACUCCAAGAAGUGGGGGAUGCUGUUCCUCAUCAACCAGCUCUUCAAGAUCUACUUCAAGAUUAACAAGCUUCACCUUUGCAAACCGCUGAUCCGUGCCAUCGCCAGCUCAAACCUGAAGGAUGAGUACAGCAUGGCCCAGAGGGUCACAUACAAGUACUACGUGGGCCGCAAGGCCAUGUUCGACAGCGACUUCAAACAGGCGGAAGAAUGUUUAUCCUUCGCCUUUCAUCACUGUCACCGCUCCUGUCAGAGGAACAAACGGCUGGUCCUGAUCUACCUUCUGCCCGUCAAAAUGCUGCUGGGUCACAUGCCCACAAAUCAGCUCCUCAGGAAGUAUGACCUCUUACAGUUCUCUGAUGUCACAAAGGCUGUGAGCGAGGGUAAUCUGCUCCUCCUGAAUGAGGCGUUGGCCAAACACGAGACCUUCUUCAUCCGCUGCGGUAUCUUCCUCAUCCUGGAGAAGCUGAAGAUUAUCACCUACAGGAACCUCUUUAAGAAAGUGUACCAGCUCCUGAAGACCCACCAGCUGCCCCUGGAUGCCUUUCUGGUUUCUCUGAAGAUGAUGCAGGUGGAGGAGGUGGACAUCGAUGAGGUCCAGUGCAUCCUGGCCAACCUCAUCUACAUGGGUCACAUCAAAGGCUACAUCUCUCACCAGCAUCAGAAAUUGGUGGUUAGCAAACAGAAUCCCUUUCCCUCUCUGUCCUCUUUGUCUUAAACUACAGUACCCAGAAUCCCUUCUGUUUGUCAUACCUCUGCAUCUCCACAGGUUCAUCACCCUGGUCUCAGCACGUUUGUCUUUCAUGUGUAAUGUUAUUGUUUAUCUCUUAUGUGCUCUGUUUUGUACUGUGAGUUUGAAAUAAAGACAAGACUGAUUUGUAA